AUGGAAAAAAUCCCACAAAAUCAAAGCGCAAGGAAAAAAUACAAGGGCGUGAGAAUGAGAAGCUGGGGUUCAUGGGUGUCCGAAAUCCGGGCGCCCAAUCAGAAGACCCGAAUAUGGCUCGGCUCGUACUCCACGGCGGAGGCCGCCGCCAGAGCCUACGACGCCGCCCUCCUCUGUCUGAAGGGCCCGUCGGCGAAUCUCAACUUCCCGAUUUCAAAAUUUCGGCCCCCAAACCCCUGCCACUCGGACAUGUCUCCCAAAUCGAUCCAGAGGGUGGCGGCGGCGGCCGCAGCGGACGCCGGUUUCCUCGACGGUUCGUCGGACUUCUCGAGCGCGUCCCCUUCGCUCUCGUCGACGGAUUCGGAUUUUCGUUUCGGGGAAGACGAUGGGUUCCAAUUGGCUGCGGCGGGUGAUGAUAUUGGGGGUAAUGAGGACUGCAGGGUACAAGCGAUUAAUGCGAUGGCCUCGUGGUACAACUUUGACUCCCCGAAGUACAACGAGAUGAUGAUGGGCGGCGUGUUUUUCGAUCCUAACAUGGCGGCGGUGGAGGAUAGUUACGAAGAAGGCGAUAUUCUUUUAUGCCGGGAAGACAUUGCUGACUGUAAUACAUGA